CAUCCAUCGAAAGCCGUCAUGGACUACGAUGUUAUCGCCAACCAGCCGGUGGUAAUUGACAAUGGUUCGGGUACCAUCAAGGCUGGCUUUGCUGGAGGCCAGUCUCCGAAGGUGCGUUUUGCCAACUUCGUCGGCCGACCAAAGCAUACUCGCGUUAUGGCCGGAGCGCUGGAGGGCGAUAUGUUCAUAGGUCCUAAGGCAGAGGAAUAUCGAGGACUGCUUUCUCUCAAGUAUCCUAUGGAGCAUGGUAUAGUCACCGAUUGGAAUGAUAUGGAAAAAGUUUGGCAAUACAUCUACAGCCAAGAGCAAAUGAAUGUGAGUAUAAGUGGUUAUUGA